UAGUUAUCUAGAUUCUAGAUCUAGAUCUAGAAUAGAGUUUAUGUUUUCUUAUUGUGGAAUUUAAUGUUAAGAUCUAGGUGUAGAAUAAGGCAAUAAGGUCUAAAUAGAUUUAAAUCAUCAUGAUGAUCAACGUCUCGAUCUAAUUAGAGAAGACCAAGCAGUGAAUGAGUUGUUUUUUCCUUGUGGAUAACAAAUAAUGGUGCAAAAUGAAAACUAUUUAAAGAAUGGAUGGCUUCAACUUCAAGAAAGAACCACUGGAGGAUUAUUAUGAAAUUGGAGAAGAUAUUGGCAGUGGUCAUUUCGCAGUGGUCCGUAAAGUGACGGACAAGAGUACUGGCCAUGCCUACGCCGCUAAGUACAUACGAAAGAGAAGAGGCGGCGGCCGUAAAGGAGCUCGCAUGGAGGACAUCCAGAAGGAGAUUAGCAUCCUCCGUCAGCUGAAGCACAAGAACAUCAUCAGUCUGUACGACGUGUUCGAGACCAGCAUUGACGUCAUCCUCAUCCUGGAACUAGUGACUGGGGGUGAACUGUUUGAUUACAUCUCUGAAAAAGAUCAUCUCGGGGAAGAGGAAGCCUCAGCUUUUAUUGCACAGAUUCUGCAUGGCGUUAAACAUCUCCAUGACAAUAACAUCGCCCACUUAGACCUAAAGCCUGAGAACAUCAUGCUAUUAAAUAGAAACUCCCAGGACAUCAAACUGAUAGACUUUGGUCUGGCCCAGAAAAUCAACGAGAAAGAUGACAUCCGGGCCCUGAUGGGCACUGCAGAGUUUGUGGCGCCAGAAGUGGUCAGCUAUGACUGUUUAUCUUUAGCAACGGACAUGUGGAGUAUCGGAGUUAUCACGUACAUACUGCUAAGUGGCGCCUCCCCCUUCCUUGGUGAAGACCAGCAGGAGACUUACCAUAACAUCACUGCUGUCAACUAUCAGUUUGACAAGGAAUAUUUCUCAAACACCUCAGAUCUAGCCAAGGACUUCAUCAAGAAACUGUUUGUCAAGAAUCCAAGGAAAAGAGCUACAGUCGAUGAGUGUCUAAACCAUCCCUGGAUACGACCAAAGGGACAUAAUGAAGAGCAAGAGCGGAAGUCUGCUGUGAUCAACAUAAAUAACUUUAAAGCUUUUAUGGCCAGGAAGCGUUGGAAGCAAUCAAUGCGUGUGGUCAGUUUGUGCAACCGCUUGUCCAAGAGCAUGCUGCUUCGAAAGAGCACAGAUACAUUGGGCAGCAGGAAUACACUUGAUGAAGAGGACAAAGCUGAGAACUUUGUCAUGGCUGCUUUGUUCUGUGCUUCAGAAGAGGGCAAUGUGGAGGGGUUGAAGGAGCUCUCAGAGAUGGCUGCCAACAUUGACUUUAACACAGCCAAUAAGCAUGGAGAAACUGCAGUCCAUAUGGCAGCCAGUGGAGGUCAUGUAGAUGUCCUGAAGUUUCUAUUGUCUAAAGGUGUAGAUAUCUCAAUUAGAGAUAAGCAAGGAGACAAUGCCAUCUACUGGGCAGCUCGACAGGGUCACACUGACAUAAUAAAGUGCCUGGUAGAAGCUGGUGUUCCUAUUAGCACUCAGAACAAGUCAGGUGAGACUGCCUUACAUGUAGCGGCCAGGUAUGGACAUACAUCAACCGUGGAGUACUUGUGUAGCAUUGAAGCCAAUAUCAAUCUGUUUGACAAUCUUGGUGAGACACCUCUGCACUGUGCUGCCUGGCAUGGCUACGUACAGAUAGUGCAUAUACUGUGUGAGUCUGGAGCCCUGCUCACACUACAGAACAAGGAGAAGGAGACAGCUCUUCACUGUGCAGCAGUCCGUGGGAAUGUGGACUGUGUUAGAGUAUUGUUGGAGUAUGGUGCUCCACUCAACCACACAGACAAGAGAGGCAGCACAGCACUUCACUUGGCCUGCCAGAGACACAACAUGGCAAUAGCGCUACUCAUACUGAAUGCUGGAUGUAAACUGGACAUACUGGACAAGGAAACUGGUGAGACAGCUUUCCAUUGUGCAGCCCGAGAAGGUCUACUAAGUGUAGUACAGACUAUGUGCUCCCUCGGCAUUGAUGUCAACAUUGAGACUGCAGACAGCUGGACAGCUCUACAUUUGGCUUGUAAAUAUGGACACAUUGAGAUUGUCAGAUGUUUGCUGUUGGUAGGAGCUGACCCUGAUAAAUUGAACAAGGAGGGACUGACUGGGGAGAUAUUAGCUCUGGCACAGGGAUUUACAAAUAUUUCCGACCUGAUGUCUUUAGUUAAAGGGGAGAGAAGAAUGUCUUUCAUAACCCAGCUGAAACCUAACCCACAGCCUAUUAGCCGGGUCAAGUUGAAGCUGUUGGGGUCUACAGGGGUGGGGAAGUCUGUACUGGUGGAGUCUCUGAAGUGCACAUAUUUGAGCAGUUUCUUCAGACGACGUCUUCAGCCUGCUGGUCACACAAACUCAGUCAAACAAAGAAAUCGCAAUAAACUCUCUCGUCAGUUCAGCCUACCAACUCCACUCAACUAUAUAGUUGGCAAUCCUACAUAUACAAAGGGUGUGGAUAUUCAGGUCAUCAAUAUUGCAGGCAAUAAAGAGUUUAGUGUCUGGGAGUUCUCUGGCUAUGAACCCUACUACAUGUUGUAUGAUUACUUCCUGGGAGAUGUCAACUGCAUCCACAUUGUCCUUUUCAACUUGGAAGAUUCUCUAGAUGAGCAAAUGGCACAAGUUAUUUUCUGGCUCAACUUUCUCAAAGCCAGAAUUCACCCCAAAAUGCCCAUUGACCAUUGUGGGAAGUUGCAGAACACAGCUCAGGUCAUUCUUGUAGCCACCCACUCAGACAAAUCUAUCAGCCCUUGUCACAAAAACUCUCAGGGCAAUUUGGUGAACGAUGAGGCCAAGUACAUCCUGGACAAGGUCACCACCAUGUUUCAGUAUGACCUUGACAUCUGCCCACAGAUCUUCAUCUUGGACGCAACAUCUCCAUCUUCUAAUGACAUGAGGUCCUUUAAGCAGCAGCUGAUCAAGACCAAGGAAGAAAUUUCACAGAAACUGCCAUGUUCUAAUGGACUUCUGUCAGCAGUGGUUGCCCAAUUACCAGAAUGGAGAAAAGCCUUCCAUUCCUACCCUGUCCUCAGUUGGUUGCAGUUUACAGAACACAUCAGGGGGUCAGUGAAUCCCCUGGCUAGUGAGGAGGAUAUCAAGUUACUGGACAGGCAGCUACAGCUGAUGGGAGAGAUUGUUUACCUGCAUAGCCAGACUGACCUAGUGGUUCUCAAUCCACAGUGGCUUGGCUCUGAGGUCCUGGGCAAUCUUUUAUCUCAUGAGAGAAUUUCACAGGCCCGGGUCACAGGAUGUUUCACACUGGAUGAGUUCCAGUUAAUGUAUCCUAACACAGAUGCCCUUAGCUUGAUCCAGGUGCUUGAAGCUUUGGAGCUAUGCUCAGCUUGUGAAGUAGACGAAGAAGUGGAGUACGAGUUCCCGUGUCUGAACUUUGUGGAGGCCUUGGAUGGUCUGUGGGUGAAAGACGAUGAAAGAUUCCCCAACCAAGUCUAUGGAGGUGUCCGUCUGCAUACCAGUUUCCAGUCAGGUGCUCAGUUGAAAUAUUUAUUUCCCAGGAUUCAGGUUUGUUUACGUCGCAGUAUUUUGUCUGGUGAAGAAGAAGAUGAGGCAGAGAACAGUGAUGAUGAAGCCAAAGGCAAGGAAUUAAAAGAUGCAGACUUGUACCAAUGGCAUCAUGGUUCUAAGUACUGCUGUGCAAGGCUUGAGGGUAUUAUUGAUAUGGAUAAGAAUGAACAGUAUCUGGAGAUUAAAGUUAGGGGGCCAGAAGGUGAGAGGGCCAAUCUGUACUACUUCCUGGAAGAUUUUGUGAACAUUAUCGAGCAGGUGGUGGAGAAUGUCUGUCCAGGUCUGUGUGUGGAGAGAUACACCCUGAGUCCGAUGCAGCUGAAGCAGCAUGGGAAGGUUGUACGAUCUUACUCCCCCACAGAACUUCUGCGCAUGCAGAUGGAUAACAGAUCUUCUGUGGUCCUCAGCGGCAACAUCAAAGAAGACUUUAUCGACAUUGCCUGCCUGGGCUCUGAAGAGAUUCUAGAAACUGUAACUCUUGGAAUGGACUUGCCCAUCUCUCACCUGACCAUCCACACCCAGAGGCUGUUAAGUUUGCUGCUUGACCCUCCCGAAGCCAUGGGCAAAGACUGGUGCUUAUUGGCUGUGACCUUGGGACUCAGUGACGCCAUUCCUUCUUUAGAGCCUUCUGAAAGUGAAGCAACUUGUGUUAGUCAGACACAAAAAGUACUUCAAGAAUGGACUAGAAGAAAACCUGACGCAUCCAUUCGACAUUUGGUUAGUAAAUUGAAAGAGAUUGGUCGAGUUGAUGCUGUGGAAGCUAUCUUGAGAACUGGACCGCCUUUUAAAGUUCUCUCAUUUGAGGACCAAAUGACUGAAGGGAGUGGGGGAACACAAGGCACAAAUGCUUCAACCAACACAUUAUCAAACCUUUCUAGGUGACACCUGAAGUGAUAAGGAGACAUUAUUUACAUUUGACAGAAGGGAUCACCUCCCUUGACCUGAGAUUGACAACAACAACAAAAAAAAAAAGCAACAUAUGUGUGACCAGACUAAAAUUUCAUCCCCUCAUUCAUUAGGAUGAUAUGUAAGGUCACCAUAUACUGACCGUUGCUCAGCCCUCCCUCCUCUUACUUUAUCAAACUUCAGCCAAAUGUUGACUUAUGACAACUGCAAAUUUAAUAUAUUUUCAUAGAAGAGACUAGCAGAGUUUGUGAGUUUACCUUGAUGUUGUCUUCUGGCCUGCAUGCUAGUGCUAAUGUGUCUUCUGACGUGUGAGUCCUUUACUUCAAGAGGAAUGUGUGCGGAAUAUUCUUUCAACUGUUUUCGUAUUUCAAAAGCAUAACUAACAAUUUCUGUUCAAGAACUGGAUAUCCUCAUUGUUCGUAAAAUCAAAGCAUAAUGAACUUCAUUGUUAAUAAAUGACAUUAAAGAGACGAAAACAUCUUCAGUGCUGUGAGAGUGCAAUACUGCGACUGGACAUAUUGAUAUCAAGACUUUAUAUGAACAUUUGGCAUGAACAAUCUUCAGAUAUGUGAUCAUGGUUGUCAUGAGGUCAGUCUAAAAUUGAGCUUUCACUUUACAUCAAGUUCAUUUAGGUAUUUACAUCCUAUGUGUCAACAUAACAUCUUGGUGUCAACACAGGGUUGGACAUUCAUUUUCCAUGUCACUGUGCCUAGUAGCCGCUGUCUGAAAGGCUGAGCAUAGAUCUGUGCCCUGACAGUGCUACAUAUACUCAGAACUACAUUCCAGCAUCAUCCAUCAGUGUGCAGAAAAGUAGUAAGGCUGGACACCAGGCCUUGAAGCUCCACUCUAUGCAACUAACCAGUAGUUCUCAUUAAUAUCAACUGUCCAGGUAGUCUCAUUUGAAUCCAUGCAAGGCCAUAUUCUUGUAACAUUUCAUCGGACCAUUCAUAAGUAAUGGAAUGACCAAAAAAAAAUUCCACCAAAUAUUUUUAAAGCCAAAUAUAUGAAAUCUUUUUAGCAAAGGCUAUAUUCCAUGUAUAUACAUUAUUUUUGAUAAGGUCAUCUUGUUUACUUAACAUCAUUUUGUUAGAGGCCAACGCAGUCUUGUAGUUAAGUGCAGUUUGAUCUGAGCCUACUGUGAAACAUUGCUAUAGAAAGGUUUGAACAUGUUCAACUACAUUCAGAGUAUGAUGAAAAUCAUAUAUGUCAGUGAUCUGGAAGUAACCAAUCCAAAUGCUGAAAACAUGUCUAAAUAAGUUAGGUCUAUCUGAAUGCACAGAAUGGUCCUAAAUAAAAUGUGUUUUUUUUAUUGAAAUAUAAAAUAAUAUCUUGAAUAAUAUUAAGAUAUUGCCCAAUGAGAACAACUUAUUCAAGAAUUUGGUAGAAAAACUAGAAUAUUAAUUAUUUUUGAGUUAUUAUUAGUACUUCAGAGUAGUUCACUGUUUAAAACAAUUUCGUAGGCCAAUGCAGAACAACAGUGUCCUCUAGAAAAUGCAUUUUGUUUAUUGAAAAGAUCUUUGAAUUGGGUUGAAUUUUUUACUCUUGUUGAUUGAACCAACUUUGGUCCAACUCAUAUUGUCAAAAAUCAAAUUUUCUAAAAGUCAAUGAAAGUUUCAACAUUUUCUGGUUCUUAAACCCAGUGUACACAUGAUACAUUUUUUUUUUUCCUAUCCAGGAAUUUUGUUGAAUGCUGUGAUAAACCCGAGCCUAAAAGAUGUAUCAAUAUUUUGUGUAUUUUUUUAAAUCCAAAAAGCCGGUUUAUAUUAUGCAGAAGUACUUGCUAGUUUGGUCAGUGUGUGUACCUGCUGAGCCCAGUCUUUGACUAAUUGAUUGUUUUUUUUUACAUGCACAAAUGUUUAGUGAGUUUCAUUUAUUGCAGGCAUGGUUAAGAAUUAAAUCUUAGAUUCUUGCUUUAUAUAAUAUUUUCUGAAACUUUUUUUUUACCAAACCAAAACUCAUGGUAAAAAUUUAAAGGGAAAAAAAAACUAAAAGAAAAUUGAAUUCACAUUGAAAAGUUAGCUCUUGACCAACAAGAAAGGUUUAGGAUAAUCUACAUUCUAGAUUCUAGACUAGAAAGGUUAAAAUAAUCUAGAUUCUAGACAAGAAAGAUUAGGAUAAUCUAAAUUUUAGAUUCUAGACAAAAAUUGUAUGAUCGAUAAUUUAAAAGGCUUUUAAAGAAGUCAGUACCUCAAUGUCUUAUAAACUAUGUGGGUGUCAGACUGGCAAAGUUCAAGUUGAAUGUUUUCAUGCAGUAUCAUCUCUAUAUCUGACUGUUGGCCAAAAAGUUAAAGCUAUAACUUAUAGUCUGUGGGAUUAUUCUGUUAUUAAUUUUGUAUGAUGAUUUUUAAUGAACAGUGUAUGUGUUAAGAUCUCAUUUACUGGACAAAUGUUUUGGCAUUGGCUGGCUUGAUCUGGGGAUGACUGUCAGCCCACCUGACUCUAUUCACUGAUUUGGUUAGGCUUCUGUCAAAACACUGUUAAGUCUUAUAAGCCAUUUUCUAUAUAUCUACUUUUUCUUUAGAAAUGUAUAUCCAGGGAUAAGUCAAUGUGGACCUCAUGCAUCAAAACGAACUAUCACGUGAUGAACAUUGAUAAAACACAGAUAAAACACGUUCACGUGAUAACCUUUCUUGAUUUGAAUCAGGUCAUAAGUUGUAUAGAAGAGAUAGUGAAGCAUGUGGCUCAUGUUUGUUUAUGAUUGGGGAAUAAGGUCCAUCGUGGGGUAACCAUUAGAACUGAAUAGUUUGAGAACCUUUGCUGCACUUUCAUUGUGCCUGAAACAAUUAUAAUUUGCUGCUGCUGUUGUAAAAAUUUGCAAUAUUUCUGCUAAGAUUGUUUCUGGGACAUCCUUAUGCUGGGGUUCUAUUUCUUGUCACAUCAUCCCCCCCCCCCCCCCAGCAACUCAGCUCAAUGCUUGCUUUUGUGUACAUUUUUUUAAAUUAUUAUAUUUUUAUGUUUUGUGAGAGGACAUUGUUUGGUGUGAGAGGACAUUGUUUGGUGUGAGAGGAUAUUGUUGUGAGGUGUAAGACUUGUCAGUCAGUUGUAAUCAAAGAAAGCUGUGGGGGCUGGGGCUGGGAGAUAGUUUUUACCUCCAGUUUUGUAUUAUUUUGUGUAUGUACAUUUACAAAUAUAUAUUUUUUUUAAUUCCCAUUGGGACUAGUUUGACACAUUAUUAUCAGACUUGACAACAAGUAAUCUGUCAAACAUUGUUUGAUGUCACAUAAGUGCUGUCUCACUGUCUAACAUCUGUCCUUAUGUCAUUUCAUUCUUGACAUUAGCUAAACAUACAAAUAAUUCUUCAUUGCCACAUGCAAGAAACAAAUGCACAAAUUUGUUCAAGAUUUUUUUUUAAAUAUACAAAUGGCCUUGUAGUAUAUAUUUGUUUUUAAUGAGACUGGUCAUUACAUCAUGAAGUAAAAAUAAUUUUUAGUCAUAUUUUAGGAAGCUAUUUUAACUCUAUAUUUAUUGAUAACAAUAGAGUGAGUUAAAAUGUG